AGGGAAAGCUGAAGAUGGGAUCUUUGAAGAGUCCUGUCUUCCUCUUGGUCCUCUACCUUCUGGAAGGGGUUCUGAGCAAUUCCCUCAUCCAGUUGAACAACAAUGGCUAUGAAGGCAUCGUCAUUGCCAUAGACCACGAUGUGCCAGAAGAUGAAGCCCUCAUCCAACGGAUAAAGGACAUGGUGACUCAGGCCUCUCCAUACCUGUUUGAAGCUACAGGGAAAAGAUUUUACUUCAAAAAUGUUGCCAUUUUGAUUCCUGAGAAUUGGAACACAAAACCUGAAUAUAAGAGGCCAAAACUUGAAACCUUAAAAAAUGCUGAUGUCCUUGUGUCAACAAUGAGCCCCAUAGGUAAUGAUGAGCCCUACACCGAGCACAUAGGAGCAUGUGGAGAAAGGGGGAUCAGGAUUCACCUGACUCCUGACUUCUUAGCAGGAAAGAAGCAGACUGAGUAUGGCCCACAAGACAGGACGUUUGUUCAUGAGUGGGCUCACUUCCGAUGGGGGGUGUUUGACGAGUACAACAACAACGAGAAGUUCUACUUGUCCAACGGAAAGCCCCAGGCAGUAAGAUGUUCGGCAACCAUUACCGGUAAACAUGUAGUUCGUCGGUGCCAGGGAGGCAGUUGCGUCACUAACGGAAAGUGCGUAAUCGACAGAGUAACGGGACUGUAUAAAGAUAACUGUGUAUUCAUACCAGAUAAAAACCAGAGAGAGAAGGCGUCCAUCAUGUUUAACCAAAAUAUCAACUCUGUGGUUGAAUUCUGUACAGAAAAAAAUCACAAUAAAGAAGCCCCCAAUGCCCAAAACCAACGAUGCAACCUCCGAAGCACUUGGGAAGUCAUCCAGGAAUCUGAGGACUUCAAGCAAACCACUCCCAUGACAGCCCAGCCACCCGCACCCACCUUCUCACUGCUGCAAACCAGACAAAGAAUCGUGUGCCUCGUUCUUGAUAAGUCCGGGAGCAUGCAGAGCGAUAACCGUCUUAACCGAAUGAAUCAGGCAAGCCGGCUUUUCCUGCUGCAGACUGUGGAGCAGGGAUCCUGGGUCGGGAUGGUGACCUUCGACAGUACCGCCUAUGUACAAAGCGAACUCACACAGUUAAACAGUGGUGCUGACAGAGACCUGCUGAUCAAGCGCUUACCCACAGUAGCUUCAGGAGGGACGUCUAUAUGCUCUGGGCUUCAGGCAGCAUUUACAUCGAUAAAGAAGAAGUACCCGACGGAUGGAGCUGAAAUCGUGCUGCUGACCGACGGGGAAGAUAACACCAUUAGCAGCUGCUUUGACCUGGUGAAGAACAGUGGGGCCAUCAUUCACACAGUGGCCCUGGGACCGUCUGCCGCUAAAGAGCUUGAACAGCUGUCCAAAAUGACAGGAGGCUUGCAAACGUAUUCUUCCGAUCAGAUUCAGAACAACGGUCUUGUUGAUGCUUUCGCAGCUCUCUCCUCAGGAAAUGCAGCUAUCUCUCAGCACUCCAUCCAGCUGGAGAGCAGAGGAGUUAAUCUCCAGAAUAAGCAGUGGAUGAAUGGCUCAGUGAUCGUGGACAGCACAGUGGGGAAGGACACCUUGUUUCUUGUCACCUGGACUACGAAUUCUCCUUCAAUAUUUAUCUGGGAUCCCAGUGGAGUGCAACAAAGUGGUUUUGUACUAGACACCAACACCAAGGUGGCCUACCUCCAAGUCCCAGGCAUAGCCAAGGUUGGCUUUUGGAAAUACAGCAUUCAAGCGAGCUCACAGACUCUCACUUUGACUGUCACCUCCCGGGCAGCAAGCGCUACACUGCCUCCAAUUACAGUGACCCCAGUAGUGAAUAAGAACACAGGGAAAUUCCCCAGCCCUGUAACCGUGUAUGCAAGCAUUCGCCAAGGAGCCUCGCCUAUUCUCAGGGCCAGUGUCACAGCCCUGAUUGAAUCUGUGAAUGGAAAAACAGUAACCCUGGAAUUACUGGAUAACGGAGCAGGUGCCGAUGCUACCAAGAAUGAUGGUGUCUACUCAAGGUUUUUUACAGCUUUUGAUGCAAAUGGUAGAUACAGCAUCAAAAUAUGGGCUCUGGGAGGAGUUACUGCAGACAGACAGAGAAUGGCCCCUCAGAGGAAUGGAGUCAUGUACAUAGAUGGCUGGAUUGAAGACGACGGUGAAAUAAAAAUGAAUCCACCACACCCUGAAACUGGUAAUGUUCAAGACAGCCAAGUGUGCUUCAGCAGGACAUCCUCAGGGGGAUCGUUUGUGGCCACCAACGUCCCCGCAGCUCCCAUUCCUGACCUCUUUCCACCUUGCCAAAUCACUGACCUGAAGGCUAGCAUUCAAGGGCAGAACCUUGUGAAUCUGACGUGGACGGCUCCUGGGGAUGAUUACGACCACGGGAGAGCUUCCAGUUACAUCAUCCGAAUAAGCACGAGUAUCGUCGAUCUCAGAAACAACUUCAGCACCUCACUCGAAGUGAACACUACCGAUCUCAUCCCCAAGGAGGCCAGCUCCGAGGAAAUGUUUGAGUUUGAACUGGACAACAGCUUUGGAAAUGGCACAGAUGUCUUCAUUGCUAUCCAGGCUGUGGAUAAGUCCAACCUGAAAUCAGAAAUCUCCAACAUUGCCCGGGUGUCUCUGUUCAUCCCCGCUCAGGAGCCGCCAGAAGACUCAACUCCUUCUUAUCCCGAAGUCAGCAUCAACAGCACGAUUCCUGGCAUCCACGUGCUGAAUAUAGUGUGGAAGUGGCUAGGGGAAAUGCAUGUGACACUAGGUUUGCACUGAAUCUUCAGGCAAGAAGUAAAUCGCUCCUGUCAUUGUAUUUUAGACUUCCUGAAGGGGGCGAUGUAGUAACACGUGAAGCUGUAAAAUUGGGCCCAGGUGCAUUAAAAAUUAUCUGUUCGAAUCCAAAAGUUUAACCAUCGCUCAGUCUUUGAAGGGUAAUUUGAAUGCUUGCUCGUGUUGCUUGUACCAAUAGAUGGGAGUAGAUUUAAGUUUGUCCUAGGGCACUUGGCUAAAAAUAAGAUCCAAUUACAGUUAGUUAAUCUACUAACUACUAUACUAAACUAUCAGAAAUGCCUACUGAACUAUUUAAAUACAAAAGGCCUGGUUUCUUAUUCAGGACCUUGGAUUAACAUCAGCAAGAAUGUGUCUUCUUUUCUUUAGGUAGGAAUGAGGAUUGCACAAUUUUGAAAUGGGGUACACUUUGGAGAGAACUCACACCUUGGAGGUCCCAUGGGUUUAGAAAUGCAUACUACGUGCCUAUGAUGCUUAGAGCCACAGUAGAAGGAAAUGGGGAGGGGUAGGUAGAUUUAGGGCAAGUGAUAAAGAAAUAAUAUGUUUCACAGUUUUUACAAAUAUUCUAUUAGCCAGGGACUGGGCCUGUUGUGGACUUUUGAAACCUCAUAUCCCACCCCCAGUGAAAUACCAAUUCCAAAAGGCAAUGGCUAAUGCUUCUCAAAACAAUUCUACCAACAAGGGACCAAGCAUUCACAUAUGCGAGCCUACGGGAGCCACCACAACCACUUACAAGUAUGUGCUCAAUUAGGGGUGCUCUGUUAAAUCCAGGGUUGAUGUUCAACUGCUAAUGAAGUAGGCCAUUGUUUCUACAUACCAAACGCUAAUAAAAUAAUCCACUGUUUCCAC